ACGGGCGACUUCCGGGAUUCCGAUGUCGGCCUAGCAAGCGAGCUAACUAGUUUGCGAGCGGCUAACUCAAGGAGGACCGUAACGACCCGCACCCUACAGGCAAGACAGCUCGCAUGUUCCGCAUUAGGUACGCCCUGCUUGUUUUAUCAGCUGUUUUGGGGGACUGUUUAGCGGAACGUACAUUCAUUUAUCCCGCCAGCCGUCAAAGAAAGCGUAAAGCUCCCCGCGCUAGCCAGCCAGGUAACGCUAGCUACUCUUCGCUGCGGUAAAGGACCGAGCAGUGUCGCAAAACACUUUCGGGGCUAGAAACAUCCAACAGCUGAUCAACAGAGCCAGUGGGUGAAAGAAGACAGGCGAACAAAGAGAAAAAAGGACAAAAAUGAAUCAGACUACAUAACAUCACUGCUGCACAUGGCUUUAUUUAAGAGAUGCAAAAUGGGAAAGGAGGUCUAUCUGCAGAGAAUUUGGAGGUGGGAGAGGUCUCUACAUCCAGACCCGGCCAAGUGCGGUGACAGCUCGAUGACACACACAGGGCUCCUUUUUGGAUUGAGUUGAUUUUGUCCCCAUAUUGACAGAAAGACUGAAGGCAGGGGUCUCACAAGUACAAGGGGACUCUGCUUGGCUGUUUGAGCUGUUGUACUUGUAAAGGCAAGGCUGGACAUCAUUUUGUAAACCGUUUUUUUUCCUUCAUCAGCUUUUUGAAAAUAAUUUCCAACUGGACUUUUGUUUGAUGCAGCUUCCGGCAACUAGUUUAAAAGUGAAUUUGUUUUAGUUGUUUUCCCCUGCUGACUUAGUUUGAAACGCUGGAACUGUCCCUUCUGCCGCCAUCCUCGGUUUCUUCCACCCACCCAGUGCCUAAAUAAGCCCUCUCGGGACAAUCACAGAAGUCAUAAGCAGCUGCUGCACUCAAUUAUCUGCCUGUUCUCCUCUAUGUGCUUCUGCUCUCGGCCUGCUGGCUCUCCACCCACUACCUCUUUAUUUUUCUGGUCUUUUUGGUUUUAUAUAUAUAUAUUAAUUUUCUCUAAUAGGCAUUAUCAGAACUCAAGCACAGUGGCGAGCAUUAAUGUAAACACUGAGUUUCAGGAGUGGAGAGAAACCUAGAUUCCUCCAGUUUUGCUGUUACGGUUGCACUGGUGCCAGUGAGCUGUACAAUUAGAUUUAUUUAUAUUGUUGCACCAAAUACAGUUACAUUAAAGCCAUACAAAAAUAUUUAUGAAUUACCUACACACAUAUUUUUGUAUCACCUUGCUCUUGUAAAGUCUUGCUUUUAUAAACCUCUAAGAUUAUGCACACAAAUUAAAAAUGUACAACACGCUGUACACAUGCAAGUAAAGCUGUAUAUUGCUAUUUAAAAAAAAAAAAUCAUCUGAUUUUGAGUGAUUAAAUUUGUGCCAGGAGACAAUUGGUGUCUGGACACAGAGAAUCCCUCAUGUUUCCAUUCAGUUGCUGCUUUGCAUAGAGUUUUCUUUUUUCUAGUCUGUAGUCAUGGCCCCUCCUCCCAAACAAACCCCACAUUUGCCAUUUUGACCUGUGAAGGACCCUUUACAGUAGGUAGACCCUAGAUACCUACCUCUCUCUCUGUCUUCCUCCCCUCUCUCUCUCUCUGUCUCUGAUGCCGGGCUUCAGUGGUGGGGGGGUUGGGGGAGGAGUAGGUGUCCCUGCUUCUGCUCCUCCCCGUCCAUUUCGUCCCAGCCGAUAUGUCCCGGUGUCUGCAGCCACCACUUUCCUUGUUGGAUCAACUACCCUCUUCUUCUGCUUCACGUGUCCAUGGUUGUCAGAGUAUUUAUCCUCUGUCAUUCCCAUCUACAUUGCCGUGAUCUUCCUCUUCACCCUCGCCAACUUCUGUAUGGCCACUUUCAUGGACCCUGGAGUCUUCCCCAGAGCGGAAGAGGAUGAGGACAAAGAAGAUGAUUUCCGUGCUCCGCUCUACAAGACGGUGGACAUCAAAGGGAUUCAGGUUCGCAUGAAGUGGUGCUCGACCUGCCGCUUCUACCGUCCGCCGCGCUGCUCGCACUGCUCAGUCUGCGACAACUGUGUGGAGGAUUUUGACCAUCACUGUCCUUGGGUGAACAACUGCAUUGGUCGGAGGAAUUAUCGCCAUUUCUUCCUCUUCUUGCUAUCACUUACAACCCAUAUCGUGAACGUAUUUGGCUUCGGCUUGGUUUAUGUGCUGCACCAUCGCCAGCAGCUGGACACGCCACAUGCUGCUGUUACUAUGGCUGUAAUGUGUGUGGCUGGCCUGUUUUUUGUCCCGGUUGCUGGCCUGACUGGGUUCCACAUAGUGUUGGUGGCUCGCGGUAGGACCACAAAUGAACAGGUGACAGGGAAGUUUCGGGGAGGCGUUAACCCUUUCACCAACGGCUGUAUGAGGAAUAUUUGUCAUGUGCUCUGCAGCUCCCAGGCCCCCAGAUACAUGGGCCGGUGGCGGAGCUCUCAUGCAAUGGAUGUUCAGCCACCAUUUCUUAGACCGCACCUCACUGAGGCCCAGCUAGAAGCCAAGGUCCUGGACAACGGCAUCCAGAAUGACCGACACAGCACCAGGUCCAAGAGCAGUCUAGAUCAGAUGGAGAGCCAGUCAGCUGAUGCAGAGCCUCCACCUCCUCCAAAGCCAGAGCUUCGUUACCCUGGCCUGCCCCGUGCCGACACGGAGGAGAGCAGCUUGUUGACAGAAGCUCCAACUACGCCGUCAAUGUAUAAGUACCGACCACCUUACAACAGCCCAGGAAGGAACCACACUGCCCUCACACACCCUAGCAAGAUGAUCCGUGGGGAGAGUCUUGACUCUCCGUCUCCCUCCAUCCUCCAGUCCAGCCGUCAGCCAAGCUACCGCUCGGAGCCGAGCAGCCUGGACGGGACCACAGUGGUGGGGGGAGGUGUAGGGGCGCGCAGAGGGGGAGUGGAAAGGGGUGAGGGCCCCGGAGGCCCAGGCGGGACUGCUGGGGUGAUGCCAGGGGGAAUGUCAGGUUACUCCCUGACUGGGCGCUCAUACACCUCCUACCCAUCCUCUCUGGUUCUGUCCACUGGCGGCUCUCGCUCCUCCAGCCUGCGCUCAGCGCACCCGGCACAUAACCCGCUGGCCACGCUCCAAUCAGAGGGCACCACAGACACCAGCUACAAAAGCCUGGCUAAUCAGACGCCUCGAAAUGGCAGCCUGUCCUAUGACAGCCUUCUGACACCAUCCGAGAGCCCAGAGUUUGAGUCAGCCGCUCACGAGCUGUCGCCACAGAAGCCUCGAGCUCCGUUUCACUCAGCGACUAUAACAGGCCAGCCUGAGGUGGUGUCACCCAGUAGCCCGCUGCAGGGCUACACGUCGCCCUUCCUCUCAGCUCAGAUAGCCCAGCAGAGGGAGGGGCAGCUGCUCCAGGGCUCUGCCACUUUCUCCUCCCCCCACAGGGCCUACCUGCGUGCCGUCAGUCCGCCCCCUCCCUCCUCCUCUGGGCAUCCUGAGAUCCAGUACCUGCUCCAGCAUAACCAGGACUCCUCUUCCCGAGCGCCUCGUAACCUUUCCUCCUCAUCCACUUCCCCCGGGGCUCGCUCACUAGAGCCCCCCGUCUCCCCGCCACCUCGCGGCCUCUCCCUCGGCAAGUCCCAGUCUUAUGUUGGGGAGGCAGGGCCUCAGCACAAGCCUCGGGCAGGAGGAGGCAUUGUGCUGGGAGGGGGAGGAGCCGGAGGAGGGCAACAGGCUCCACAGAGAACCACUCACCUCCACAUCCAUUUAUCCUCUGUCCUCACUCCUAAUCCGCCUCCCCUACCCUUCCCUCCCCUUUCCCAUGGCUGUCCAAUCAGAUCCACCUCUCGUCCAGUCUUGGCCAAUCACACACCAUCCAAACCAGGGGGCGGAGUGAAGAAGGUGACAGGCGUCGGAGGGACCACUUACGAGAUAUCGGUUUGAGUGACAGACAACCUU